AUGGCUGAUUCAAAGUCUCCCGAAAAAACGAAUGCGGAAGAGUCAUUUCUAUCACAAUCUAACUCAGAUGCCCAGGGUCAACUGACGGCGGCGGUCGAUGAGCUCCUCGAUCAAUUGCAGGGCAAAUUUGACAAAGUCUCCAAAGAAAUGUUUGGCAAAUUGGAUGAUAUGACACGCCGCCUGGAUGAAUUGGAGGCCUCGUUGACAGCAUCGAGUGCCGAGUCACCAAGCGCUCCUCCUCCUGCUGCUCCUUCCACAUGA